UCGAAUAAAAAAGUUAUAAUUUAUCAACGAAGUGGAAUUCGAAUUCAGGUGUAAUAGUUAUCAGGGGAUUAUUUAUUAAAUUGCAACAAAUUUUCUCCUGCAUCAAAUUCAACAAAUCAGAAAGUGUUGCUCGAGUAUCUGCUUUUUUUAUGACACUUCGGAAAGGAUUAAUCUUCCGUGUGUUCUAUUGGGCAUUACACACAUGGUCGGGUGAUUAAUUGCUUAUGUACAUGCAUGCUGAACCCCUAUGUCGAAGUGAUAGACAAUGGCAGCAGCAGCAGCAGCAGUUACCGGCAAAUGAAUUGGUCAACUGAAGAAUGUGUUUUUUUUCCUGAGCCGUAGACAUGUCGAAUUCAUGGAUCCAAGCGAGUAAACAGGAAAAGUGAGCAAAGGGGAAUGGAAUUGACAGGACAGUGAGUUGCAAUAAAUAGGGAGGGCAAUUCAGCUGGUGUGAAAAGUAUCCUGUUAGAUUGUGUUGUGGGGGUGGUGGGGAUGCUGCAUCGCAUAACGCUCAAUCUCCAGUGGGGCGAUCGAUGAAGCGGAAAAUUGAGCGAAGUGUUAAAGAAAUUGAUGGCUACCGCUGUGAGCUGGGAAAGCGCUGAAGUGUGCGAGCUUUGAAAAGGCGCCGCGACACCCGGGGAUAAUUAGUGGGACCUCCACAUUAAUGAAAUCGACCACAGUUUACUACUGACACUUUGGAAGCGUAAAAGAAAUUCCGGGCCGAUGUUUGCGAUGAUAGUGAUCAAAGUGAAGAUAAAACGGUGUGGUAUUUGGUGGUGAAUGCGACGGGUCGAAGAACCGGUAGUACUGACGAUUGAAGUGUAGUUUGUGGCAGACACACUGCUGAAGCCGAGACAUUCGCCUCACGAUGGGUAACUACUGCAGUUCCGGUCAAACAAAAAAGGAUAAGGACAAUGCCUCGGAAAAAUCAGAAGAAUCUCCUUCAUAUCAACUGGCCGAUAAGAAUAAGGGUAAAGCAAAUGACACGAAAGAAGCUCCUCUGGCCGCUCCGGAACCAAUAUCGGAUGGAUCCGGUACUGGUCCGAUUUCUAACAAUUCGACCACCAGCGGGGGCAACACGACGGCAGUGAGUGAGGCUAGCAAAGCUCAGCCUAAAUCAUUGCAAAAUGUGCGAUCGAUUACGUUAAGUGACUCGACCACGAACAGUCCAAUGGCUACGUCACCACCAUGUGAUAUUCUUUCCGUGCAUCAGAAUCUGCCGCAAACAUUAACGCCACUUUAUGGGAAACCCACUACCAGCCGGCGAACAGAUAAAUACAAAAAGAUAGUUUUGUACAUUCUGGCAGCAGAUGAUGGUUACCAAUCCGAGAAAGCGGUGCUCCGGAACGUCUACAAGGGACUGAAUCGGAAAUGCCAGAGCCGGGGAUUCGAGCUGCACGUGUCGGACCUACACGUUCUGCAGGCGAAGGGCGGUAGCUUCGAUGUAAACAAGUGGCUCAAUGGACCGCUGGAGGCGCAAGGUGGGCAUGAUCUAGCGGCGAACUGUUUAGCGGAGAUAGCACGCCAAUCUAGUGACUCCUACCUGAUACCGGUACUGUUUCUGAGCUCCACACUCGGCGAUCCGCUGCUACCGCUGACGAUCGAGAGUCAAGAUUUUGCGACGGUACUUGAAACGGCAGAAAAGAAUCUGGAUGAUCGUGCGAUCCUCGAAAAGUGGUACACGCUGGACGACAAAGCACAACCGGCAUGUUAUAGGUUAAAUGUUAAUAAUAAUUCGAAUCUCACGUCCGAAGCAUCAGAACACGAGUUAUCAACGCUGUUGAAAAUACUAAUCGACAUUUUCUCCAAGGAACUUCGCGACUCGUAUCUAACCACUGUCGUAGAACAGGAAAUAAACAAUACCGUUUUAAUCAAUCAAGAACUAUCGAAGCGAUGUAUUUGGAUACAAAAUUCAAUCGCACCCUUAAAAAUCACGGAAAAUUCGUCGUCCGCAGAGGCGGAAAUGGUGCGAAGACUGGGUAACAUUCAAAGUGACUUAAAGAGCCACCUAGCAGAGAAGCAUAUUCUUCGUAUUCCUUCAUCGGCGCAGCAGGAACAGUUCACAACCCAGUUGGAAAGCUGUCUCUCGUCCGAGAUCGAUCUCAUAAUGGAUGAGCACAUGCACAAAUACUCGAUCCCGAUGUGUACGUUCGGCGUUGACCGAAGGCUGUUGAGCGAAGUAGAAGAGGUGAAUCGACACUCUCGGAUUUUAAACGAGAAUUGCGCCAACUUUACCAUUACGGAUCGCGUGAAGGAUUAUCUCACCAGUAACCGCCGGAAGCCACUGGUGAUUUUCGGUAAAACCGGUGCCGGAAAAAGCGUGCUAGUUGCGAAGAUUUCGCAAAAUGUUCACACUUGGCUGCCAGAUUCCCAUUUAGUGUUGAGGUACGCCAAUUUGACUACGUCAAGCUCUGAUGUUACGGCUCUCCUGGGAUCUAUAACGGAACAAAUUUCAGUGUUGGUGAAAGGAGUGCCAGUGCGAUGUCAUCACACGAUUGAAUCCUACUCGGAGACUCUCAAGCAGCUGAUUGCUAACACAAAACAACGGAUAACAAUCCUGAUCGACUCGGUUGACAGUCUACGAGAUAUAAAUGAUUUCGAAUGGUUGCCGGUGGAGUUACUGGAAAAUGUGAAGCUGGUGUUAACUGUUACCGUCAAUUGUACCAGUCAGGAUCCUAAUCGGUUCGAAGCUGACGAUGUGAUACUGAAGCGGUUGAACGAGAAAAUUGAUUCGACGGAUAGCUUACUAUAUCUAACUCCAUUCACUCAGGAACAGUGGGAGGAUGUGCUGUGCUUCGGUGGGGGAGAUAUUUACUCCGCGAACGGUGCUUUGCAACUACCGGACAAUUGGAAGAAAUCCGGCGAGAAAAGUUCCGUUCAAGCAAAGAUUCUGUGGUGGCUUGCCUGGCUUGGAGCAACCGAUAUAACAGAUACCUCGGUGUCCCAUAUAAGCGAAAAAGUGUUUAUUAUUUUGGAGGAAAAAUUCGCCAGCCCCGUUACCAGGUUCAUUAUUUCUAUGCUGCUUGCCGCCCGUGAAGGUCUGCUCGAGACAGAGAUUAUUACGCUUAUUAGAAAUUCUAAUUUAGUUUCUGGAUCCACAACCAAACUUUGGACGCAUUUUUGUUGGAAGAUGGGACCAUUGCUUUUGCACAACAAAAACAUCGUCAUAGUGGACAAAACCCUCCGAGAGGUAGCCAGCAAACGGUACGAGCAGGAUAUUAAGAGUGCCCACAAAAUCCUCUACGAUUUCUUCGACAAGCAACCGAAUAGUUUCGCCGACAAAAAAGGCAAAGACACCAGUUACAACGUUAGGAAGUUUGUGGAGUUACCGUACCACAGCUACAUGGUGGAAGCAAGCGAUGAAUCCUUUGCCUGUUCCAGCUAUCUAACCGAUGUGAGCUGGCUUCAGGAGAAACUGACCGCAACCGGAUGUGUUCAUUUGUUAAAAGAUAUUUGUCUAGUGAACUUAACGGAUAAUCGUAGUAAUCAGCAGGCCUUCGGUCAUCUGGUUUUGCUGAAGCAGUUUUGUGAGAUCUAUUUUAACGCUCUUAACUAUGAUGGACAGCAGAUAUAUUCGUUACUUUACACGUUCAUCGAAACGAAGCUGGCGGCCGAACAGGCAACGUUAGCUGGAAUUGAGAUGCUGAAGAAGUGGCGUGACUAUAUCGACUCUAGUACGGCGACCUAUCUUCAGAAGCUGGAGUUUAAAGAUGCUAAACUGGAGGAAAGCGAAAAGGAUACGAAAACGGACACGGCUGCUGCUGGAUAUGAUCUGAUUGUUAAUUUGAGUAUUGACGGAUUUUUUGCCAUUUCGAUGAGCACAGAAAGGGAAGAGAUUUGCGUAUGGAAUGUGGCAAAGUGCACUAAGGUACGUACCAUUCUGGGGGUACCGCAACCUUCUGCCGUCUGUCCGGUUGGUGAUUACGGGGUAGCGGUUUUGUGCCGACGAGAAAUCCGAAUCCUCGAUCUGGACGAGGGGAAGUUUAAAGUUACACUUAAGGGUGUAAUGAACCAGAAAAUGCCGUACUUUGGUCUGCAUGAUUCGUCACACCUGGUUUGUCUUUCGCGUAAUCGGAUGUACGUUAACCUAAUGAAUAUCGAGUCGGGUGAUUGCGUUACCACCUUCAAGGCUGGCGAGGAUAGAUUCCUUAACUCACUGCUGGUUUCGGGCGAUGGAAGAAUAUUGGUUUGUGGAGAUGAAACGCAGAAGCCUUUCCCGUUACUCGUGUGGCAUUUAUCGCAGAAAAAACUAUUGUACGAUCUGAGGAUACCGCAUCACGACUUCAUGACUUCACUGUCCGCCAUAACCCACGAGGGUUCCUACGUGUGUGUCGUUGCCAAGGAACUGGCAGAGCCUAGUCCAAACUUUAUUGUUGUUUACGAUCUGCAGAGUGGAACUUUGUUCAAGAAGUGGAAACCAUCGUGCAAUACCGUAUCUCUGGCGAUUUCUCAAACAAACACCUGCGUCAUCGCUGGUCUCGAAGAUGCACGUAUAUUGAUUUGGGAUUUAGUUACUGGAAACUGCCGUUGCACUUUAAUCGGGCACUGCGCACCGGUAACCCUGUUGAAACUCGACCCGUCCGGUAAGAUGUUACUGUCUGGCGAUACCGAAGGACGCGAUCUGUCCGUUCGGCUCUGGGAACUGGAUAGUGGAGAGGCAGUGGCUGUCUACACUCCGCAGGAAAAGAUUACCACCUGUGAAAUUCUGAACGGUGGACAGUAUCUAGCGAUAGCACUGGAAAACCGGUCCAAUAUCGUGUCCUUAAAACUGCGUGGAGGAAGCGACCAGAAUGCCGAACGAGCUGACGCCGAAUCCGUUACCUAUGGAAGAAAAGAAAAUUGCGGAAAGGUGUAUGAUUUGCGGCAAUAGAAAACGUAUUGUAAUUUGUUGAUUCGAUUGUAAAAGUUUUAUCUUGGUUCAACACUAUUCGCGAAAACUCGAUUGGGUUGCUCGUGGUUAAUAUGGGGAAAAGAGUUAUACUAAACUCUCAACUAGUUAAAAGGCAGGAUUCACUGAUCUUUCUUAUGAAAAUACUUGUCACAAUUCAUUUUCAAUUGCACACUGAAAAACAUUUGUAAAACUAAGAGUAAUUUUUACUACAAGAACCAUCUCAGAACUCAGUGAUUUUUCUAAAAAAAUUGGAUCUUAUCCUCAAAUUUUGAAUCAGGUCUAAAAUAGAAGAAUAUCGCUUGAAAACAGCUUUCUAAUGCAAUUGAAACCAUCAAUCAUUCAGCAUGCGUUUGCUGAUUUCCAUAAAUUUAUAGCACAAAUAAAAAAUUAGAGUCUACGAUGCAACAUAACCUGUCGAAUGCGACUAAUUAUGCAGAAAUUGUUCAUGUUGAUAAUUAUUUCUGAUUUUUCGAGACAAUUUAUUUGUUUUCGUUGAACCACAGAGUAAGCGAAUCAAUCGAGUGAAUAGUUAUGUAUAAAAGUAAGACCGUAUAUUAGAAACGAAGGAAGAGUUUUAGUGUUAUAGUAACCAAACGACAAAACCAUUUAUCCUUGUUCCACAUGUAAUAAUGCUGGCCAUUAUUUCCUUGCAUUUUUAUAAAUUACUGCGGUCAACUAGCGUCUAGUUUUUUUGGUUUCAGCACAAAGCUUCUCAAAGAGCGCGAACAUCGUUGCGCUCAAUCCAUGAAACUUAUAGCUUAACAAUCCUAUCUGGUGUCUGUAUGCACACGCAAAUUGUCAAGGACUGAAUCGUUUAAUCUGUUUAAUGUAUAACAACGCUUUUUCGUUUCCAAACUAACAUGUCGCUAGCCUCAAAAUACCAAUAGGGUCAGCAGCACCUUGCACAACUCAUCCAGCAUCAAAGGUAAAUUAUGAUAAAUGAAUCAUCCCACUCGAAAUACGAACUAGUGUACACUGUAAACGCGACUUUUAAAUUAUCAAAUAUUUAAUUCACUUUUUCAUGAAUGCUAAUUGUAGACCAGUAAAUCGAUACCAACACUUUUACAAAUACAUACACAACUUUGCAACCAAAGAUAACAAAAACAUGCAAACACAAACAUAUAUUUAUAUAUAAAGCGCAGAAUCAGAAAACUCUGUGAAUAGCUUCAUCUGCUCGGUGUAGUUGUAGAAUUAUAACAAAAAAAAAAAAAACUAUUAGCAAUUUAAAAAUACUAGUAUCGAAAUCUGUAGUUAUAGUAAAAAGAUAACUGUUUUCACUAAAAAAAAAACAAAUUUAAAGUAAAACGAUCGGACAAAUGGAUAUGGCGGAAACCAACUCUAGAUGAUGCGUUAUCGUAAUUGUUAGAAUGUGUCUAAACAUAAUCAUUAUCGGUAAGGUCCCUUGAAUUAAUUUGCGUAGCCAUAGAAUUGCCCGGUACCGGCCUGGUAAGGCGAAAGAUAAAAUGCUAAUAUUUAUUAUACUGAAUAUGCAUAAACAUUCAUAGCAUACACAGCAGGUGCGGAAAGUGGAAAGUUUUUCAAAGCCAAAAAUUAACUUACGUGAUCGGAAAUGUGCAAGAAAACAUGUAGGGGUCAUCCAAUUAGUAUGUAACGUUCGAAAGGGGGGUUGGAAAGCUUGACAACUCAUAGAAACAAUAUCAGGGAUCCAAAAAAGAGAGUGACAUAGGAGCGGGGUCAAAGAAGGUAAUUAUUUGCGUUACGUAAAUAAUAGACGUUUUCUAAUGUGCCGUGGAAAACUCACCCAGAACAUAUGCAAAAUGCUUGAAAGGAAUAACUUGAAAAAAAUAAAAUGGGCGUGUGUGUAUGUGAGUAUAUAUGUGUAUGUGUGUUUGCGUGUAUACGUGUGUAUGUGUUUGUAUGUGUGUAUGUGAGUGUAUGUGCGUAUAAGUGUGUGUGGAUGUGCGUAUAUGUGUGUGCAUGUGCGUAUAUGUGUGUGGAUGUAUGUGCGUAUAUGUGUGCGCGUAUAUGUGUGCGCGUAUAUGUGUAUGUAUAUUAGACUGGGACACGGUUAUAUGGGAAAAAGGGAUGGUGUUAUUUUUUCGCUCCCAUCCACUUUUCGUGUUCCUUAUGGGUCCUAUAACAACUGUGUAACUUUUCAGAUCGAUCGGUGGAACGCUCGAUUUGCGCCCGAUUUUUAAAGUUUCCAUACGAUUUUAUAUGGGAAAAUCCACUUUUUCAAAACUUGUUCUCUAGAAAUUCCCAGUUGGCUCCUAAAAAUAUAUCCACACAUGAUAUUUGUAGAUAAUUUUCCUGGGAAAAACUCUUCUGAAGACCGCAAGGCGCUACCUUGCUUGUGAAAAAAAAUAUUCAUCCCAGACUGAUUGAAUAUCUGACGAACGGCUCACCAUUGAAUUUUACUAGCAAUACUGCUGCAGCAUGCUGCUGUUGCAAAUUCAACCAUGUGAUGAGAAAUGAUAUCACUUAAAUUUAUCUUGGAGGCAUCCUCGAAGAUACUAUGAGCAAAAAUCACACUUUGAAAAUUAAUUCCACGCGAAAUUAUUUCUCAUGCUUAAGCAAGUCUGCAAUAGCAGCAUGCUGUAGCAGUGUUGCUGGAAAAUUUCAAUGGUGAGCAGUCCGUCAGACAUUCAAUCAGUUCGGGGUGAAUAGCUGUUUCUACAAGCGUCGUUGCGCGUUACGGUAUGCAGAAGAGUUUUUUCCAGGAAAAUUUUCUACAAAUAUCAUGUGCCGAUAAAUUUUUAGGAGCCAACUGGGAAUUUCUAGAGAACAAGUUUUGAAAAAGUGGAUUUUCCCAUAUAAAAUCGUAUGGAAACUUUAAAAAUCGGGCGCAAAUCGGGCGUUUCACCGAUCGAUCUGAAAAGUUACACAGUUGUUAGGGGACCCAUAAGGAACACGAAAAGUGCAUGGGAGCUAACAUUUAUUUUUUGUGCCACCCUAAUGUAUACGUGUGCGUAUAUGUGUAUGUGUGUGUAUGUGUGUGUGCGUGUGUGUAUGUGUGUAUGUGCGUAUGUGUAUGUCUCUGUGUGUGUGCGUGUGUGUGAGAGAGAGUAUAUGUGUGACUCACACAUUUAUUUUUACCCACAUACUAUUGCUAAGGAGGCAUUGAAAACAGCUCCUCUAUCUUGUAACAAUACACGUUUUAUAUAAAAGUUUUAGUAAAUUACCCCAAAAGAGAUUAGUGAACCAUGUCUAGUAUAUAUAACCCUUCAUUACGCACAAUUUAAUGAAGAAAACAUACGAAUUUAAAAUGUGUUUGAAAAAAGUUUGCGUAAAAUCGAGGUAAAAUGUGCGUAAAAUCGAAGUACGUAAAAUCGAGGGUGCGUAUAAUCGAGGGUGUGUAUAAUCGAGGUAUAACUGUACUAUUAGUUAUGAAGUAAUGUUGUAUCUAUGAACGACGUAAGCCACAGUACCACGAAAACAUUGUCCCUUUCAUGAGUUUAUAGUAUAGUUUUCGAAAGAUGCAAUUCACGCAAAAAUGGCAAAAUUUUCCAUAAUAAAUCGAUCUACUACAUUAGUUAAAGUAAAACUUAGUUACACCUAACCCGGCACACGCAGGUUUUUUCGAUAAUAGUGAACGAAAGAAUCGAAAAACAAAAUAUCCUGAACUUCUAAAUUUUUAAAACUACAUCUCGUUUUCAAUGGACGUCAAAUUUAAAAAUAACAAUCCGUCUCCUUUUUUGACUUAGUGGAGACGCCGUGUCACUUAUUUUUUCCACAAUAAAAAAAAAUUAUUUUGAUUUCAUCAAACAUUUUUGAAAAUAUCUCUCUUCCUGCUUCAAAUCGUAGGAUAAACUGCUUGUUGACCAGUGAAUAGUUACCGUUGAUCAAAGCUCAAAGUUUGCGAUUGCAUUCUUAGUAUAGUACAGUAAGUUUAUUGUUUACUCUUUCCAUCAUCCAGCAUCUUUUAUUGUUAUCAUUUUUGUUUGCAACGGCUCUUCACCUUACGGUUGUGCACAUAUUAUAUUAAUCAAUAUUUCCUCAAGAUAGAAGAGACAAACCACACAAGAAAACCAAACACACAACUUUACAACUGAUGAUGUAACCAAAAAUACCAAGACAAACCUUAGUUAAAAGAGGAGAGGUAGAAGAGAGAGAAAAAGAAACAAAACUAAGUAGCGAAACACAAAAACCAUUAUCAAGCUCAUCUGGCAUGAGGGAUAAGGCUGGUCCUUUGAAACCAACAACACGAAAAUGACACAUAAACCAACAAACAAACAAACAAACAAAAAACUUGUUAGGCAAACAAUGAUCUUAGUGUUUAGUUAAUUUAUAUAAUAGCAGAAAAACUGGAAAAUAGUGACGAACUCGAAAUACCCGAAGAAGUUACAAUCAAGCCGUUACUAAUAAGACUUAAUUGAGUGUAUUUUCUCUGUCUCUCUUUUCAUGGUUCAUGAAGCAACUCAGAAUAAGUAGCAAGAGACCAAAAUGUAUGUCACUAGAACUUGGGGAUCCUGACAUUUCGCUGUUGGUGUGCUAUCAUGAGACGUUGACUGUUAGAUGUGAAUCUCGUUUCUCGAUAGUACUUGAGCGUAGAAGUUGCACAAGAAAACACACACACAAAAACCUCUUAGAACCAGAUUUUUCAACAAAGCAGCCCUCUGUAAACUCUUGAAUGUAUCAAAAUAUAACAUUUAUUACCAUCGCACGAGUGAUCAGUAUCCCUAGGAAAAAAAAAAACAUAGGGCGAAAUAUAAGUUUGGAGCCAUUCGCCAGUAAAACGAUGAUUGUCAUGGGCUAAAGGCAGAACAAAAUAUAAUUGUGGGACACAGAAUGUGCAAUAGAAGGGACGGCACUGAACAACAAAAUGUUUACACCUUUCUAGUAAUAGAAUUAUGGGAAGCAAGAACAACCCUAUAAGAUAAACCGAGCUGAUCGAGACGUUCAAAAUCUAAGCCAUUUUUGAUGUAAACACUUUUAAGUCGUAUUUAUAUUUGUUAUUUUUAAUUUGUAUGCGUGUAUUAUUAUAUAAACAGAAAGAAAGAUUCUAAGCAAAAUAUAUAUAUAAUGCUAGCGAUGCUACCGUA